UGGGCUCCUUUUGCACGACAGUUCGACGCCGGUCGCGCAGCCAGCAUGGCUGGGUUAUCAAAUUUUUUUUCAACCUAGUAUAUAGAAUAGUUCUCUCAUUGGAUUCGGAAGCCCAACGUCAAUGAGGACGCAGCUUCCGACAAUGUCGUCGUCGCCGUCGUCGUCGUCGUUUUUGUCGUUGUUCUUGAAUUUUGACAAUUUAUCAUCAUUCAUCGUUACAUUAACAUAACAACAACAAUUUAUUCAUCAAAUAUUACCAACCAACAAAAUAAUAAUAUUGGAAUUGGUAAAAGUAAAAGAAUAAAGGACAUUUGCAUUUUGUGUGUGUGUUUUUAUUUUUUGUGUUUGAAAACAAUAAUUUUUUUUCAAAAAGAAAAGUGGUGUUAAAAAAAGAAAAAAAAAACAAGGAUUAUUUGGUGCAAUUUAUUAAAUACUUCAUCAAGGACUUUUUAAAACACACACACACGCAUACAAGAAAAAAAAAGAAGAAAAAGUAAGGAGGAAUUUUUGCUGCAGCUCUUCUGUGUUUAAGAGAAAAAGAAUCCAAAUGGGAAAUUUUUCACACACUAAUACACCCACACACACACUGAGAGAAGAAAUUUGUGAUCGAUAACGAGACUUUUGUGGAUCUCAGUGGUGGUGGUGGUGGAUAUAGGUAACUUCCGCUUGGGGCUGCUUUUCACCGCUACUAAUUGACAGGAAGAGAAAGGAAUAAAGAGGCUUGCGGGAAAAUUUACGAGGCACCACACCUAAAACAGAGAAAGGAAAGAAAGAAAAAGAAUUAGUCUCGUUAAGUGAACUUUCAGAGGCAAAAAAAAAAAAUUCUUUUUUUGAAUUUUCCCGCCAUCUGGAAUUUUACCGCUAGAGGGAUGCAAUGUAUUAUUCUCUCACAAGCGAUGAUUAAAUAACAAACAAAAAAUAAACGUAUGGACACAAAAAAAUAGUCAAAUAAACCACCACCCCACUUCUUCAACCCUCAAAUUACAAAUGGGUUAAACAUUUGACAGGGGGCACCAUGGACGACGCCAUUCAAUGUCUAAGGCAAAAUGGCAGUCGCGUCCUCUACCAGCAACAAGUGGCAAUGAGGACUUUAAGGCUGCGAUCUCUUAAGUGUGCCAUAAAACGAGAAAAGCGAUUCAAGUUUCUCUUCUAGGGUUAUAAAAAAACGUCUCAUUUCUCUCUUUUUGAAAAAGGACACGCCCUGAUUAAAGGAAGAAAAAAGAAUUAAGUGAUCAGAGGAGAAAGAUUCUUCAAAAAAAAAAAAAAGAAUUUUUAAAGAGAUUAAUAGAAAGAAAGAAAUUCAAAUAUUUAUUGAUUUUGUAAUAAUUGUAGGGUGAAAGAAGAAGAAAAAACAAAACAAAAAAAAAGGGUCGUGUCAACUAAGAUUUCGAAGGUGUUAGUGAUGAAGAUCCCGGCAGGAGAAAUUGGUAUUCCACUGUUUGGCGUUGUUGGGCCACGAUUUAUCGUCAAACAAACGACAGUCAAACGUUGUGUCGCUGCACUUUUACUAAUAUCUGUUGCCAGCAUCUUUUACUAUACUCACUACAUCAUAAGCAGUCCAUUCUCAAGCUUGAUUCAUUUAAACACAAGACCAGAGCCAGCAAUAAGAUGUUCCACCCUUCGAGGAGCGACAAGACUACCAACAGCACCCGAUCAUCGAAGCGAGGCUCGUCUCAGAAUAGAUCCCAAGGUGUUGGUCUUUGUUGAGACACUCUACUCGAGAUUGGGACGUGAAAUCUCCGAGCUUUUAGUGUAUAAUCGGAUAAAGUACAAAGUUGAAGUGGCUGGAAAGUCGUUACCAGUUCUGACGAAUCUUGACAAGGGACGAUAUGGGGUGUUGGUUUUUGAAAAUUUGAACAAAUAUCUUCAAAUGGACAAAUGGAAUCGUGAGCUACUUGAUAAAUAUUGCCGUGAAUAUUCAGUUGGUAUCGUUGGAUUUGCCCCACCAGGUGAAGAGAGUCUUGUUGGCGCACAACUCAAGGGCUUUCCACUCUUUAUACACACAAAUUUAAGACUGAAGGAUGCCCAGUUGAAUGCUGCAUCGCCUAUUCUUAGAUUGACGAGAGCUGGCGAAACCGCUUGGGGACCACUUCCUGGCGGUGACUGGACAAUUUUCCAACCGAAUCACAGCACGUACGAGCCUUUGGCCUGGGCACAUCGUGACAGUCUCAAUGAUCCAAACGAUAAAAGUCCCCUCGCGACUGUUAUUCAGGAUCAUGGAAGACACGAUGGGAUUCAACGAGUAUUAUUUGGUGGCAGCUUGCGUUUUUGGUUGCACAAACUUUUGCUUCUUGACUCGUUAUCGUAUUUAUCACACGGACAGUUGAGUUUGAGUUUAAAUCGUAUGAUCCUCGUUGAUGUGGAUGAUAUUUUUGUCGGUGAAAAGGGUACAAGACUGAAAAAAGAUGAUGUCCUUGCAUUAUUGGCGACACAACAACGUGUACAGGCACUUGUGCCGGGAUUUAAAUUUAAUUUGGGGUUUUCAGGAAAAUAUUUUCAUCACGGUACAUCCGAGGAGAAUUUGGGAGACGACAUGCUACUCGAGAAUGUCGACAGAUUUACAUGGUUUUCCCACAUGUGGAAUCAUCAACAGCCACAUCUCUAUGAAAAUGUGACACAUCUACAAUUGGAUAUGGCAUUAAAUAAACAAUUUGCAAAGGAUCACGGUAUACCAACUGGAAGUGGAUACAGUGUUAGUCCACAUCAUUCGGGUGUCUAUCCCGUUCAUGAGGGUCUCUAUGAGGCGUGGAAAAAAGUCUGGAACAUAAAAGCCACCAGUACAGAGGAAUAUCCACACCUGAGGCCGGCACGUCUCAGACGUGGUUUUAUUCACCGCAACAUUAUGGUGUUACCGCGACAAACUUGUGGUUUAUUUACGCACACAAUUUUCAUUGAAAGAUAUCCAGGUGGUAGGGACAAAUUGGAUGAAUCAAUACAGGGCGGUGAACUUUUUCAAACAAUUGUUUAUAAUCCGAUAAAUAUUUUCAUGACACACAUGUCGAAUUAUGGAAACGACAGACUCGCCCUUUAUACUUUUGAAUCUGUCAUCAAAUUUAUUCAAUGCUGGACGAAUCUUCGACUAUCGAGUGCGCCGCCUCUUUUGCUUGGCGAGAGAUAUUUCCAAUUAUAUCCAGAGGAAGCGGAUCCCGUCUGGGGAAAUCCAUGUGAUGAUUUGAGACAUCAAAAAAUAUGGUCAAGAAAUAAGACAUGCGAUCAAUUGCCAAGAUUUUUGGUGAUUGGUCCACAAAAAACUGGUACAACUGCACUCUAUACAUUCCUCUCAAUUCAUCCGGCAAUAAGCAGUAAUUUACCAAGUCCCGAUACAUUUGAGGAGAUACAAUUUUUUAAUGGAAAAAAUUAUUAUAAAGGCCUUGAUUGGUAUAUGAGCUUUUUUCCAGCGAUGAAAAAUGAAAGUUCACGUUAUUUAUUUGAAAAAUCAGCGACAUAUUUUGAUGGUGAUCUUGUACCAAGACGUGCACAUGCACUAUUGCCAAAAGCAAAAUUAAUAACAAUUUUAUUAUCGCCAGCGAGACGUGCCUAUUCAUGGUAUCAACAUACAAAAGUUCAUGGCGAUGCUGUUGCUAAAAAUUAUUCAUUUCACUCCGUUAUAAUGGCUAGUGAUACGGCACCAAAACCAUUACGUGAUCUUCGCAAUAGGUGUUUGAAUCCGGGUAAAUAUGCGCAACAUUUGGAAAGAUGGCUAUCGUUUUAUUCACCGCAACAAUUGCAUAUAAUUGAUGGUGAACAAUUGCGACAAAAUCCAGUUGAUACAUUGCAUGAAUUGCAAAAAUUUUUGAAAAUAACGCCGGCCUUUAAUUAUUCGACGCAUCUGCGAUACGAUCCAAAAAAAGGAUUCUUUUGUCAAGUGACAAAUGAGGAUCGCACCAAGUGCCUCGGCAAAAGUAAAGGCCGACAGUAUCCUCCAAUGGAGGAUAGAUCGUACAAAAUGUUGCAGAGAUAUUAUCUGUCGCACAACACGGCUUUGGUGAAACUGUUGAAACGUUUGGGUCAAAAAACGCCGCAAUGGCUAAAGGACGAUCUCACCGACACUGUGAUGACAUAGCAAAUGUCAAUUUUUUGAAAACUCUUGGAAACAGUUUCACAUCAAGUGCCACGUGUUCUCAUCAAAGACUUGUAAUUAAAAAAAAAAAUUAGCAAUUUAUAUAAUUAUUAUCGUGUUAAAUAUUUAAAAAAAAAAAAAAAACUAACAAUAUUGAAAAUAUUGUACAUUUGAACGUAUUUAAAAAAAAAUCAGUGACCACUGUGUUUUCAAAAAAAAAAAAAAAAAAACACUUUUGUGUGUAUAUUUCUUCCAAUGGAAGAAUGGAAAUGUUUUUUUUUUUUGGAUCUACACACAGUGGACCAAAAAUAAAAAAAAUUGGCCUAACUCGUAAAAAAAUCGAGCCAGCCCAAUUCACACUAGUCAGCUAAGAUUCCAGAUUAUGGCAGCUUAAGAGGCAGCUAUUUUAUAAUUGUUAAAAAAAAUAACAAUUUACAAUCUAAUGUUAUUUAAUAUAACAUUAAUUACUAAAUGUUGUUGCCUAUGGAAAUCACCUUUUGUCCCAUGCCACAAAUCAAACUUCCCCCCCCUCACCCCCGCCCCCUAUUUAUCUCGUCUUUUUUAUCAUCACCCCAACGACGAGUUUUCCGGGCAAUUUAAUAAAAAAAAAAAAGAAAAAUUCGACGAAAAUAAUAUUUGUAAAUUUAUUUUAAUUUGGAGUUUUUCCCGUCCUCUGGUGCCAUUUUUCUGCAAAAUAACGCGUGACAAAAAUUUUUCUAUUUAAAGUUGGAGAAAAAAAUUUUUAAGAGAUUUAAAAAAAAAUUUAUAUAACAAGAAAAAAAUGGAAAAAUGAAAGAAAAAAAAAACGGCGAAUGAAUAGAAAAUUUUUUUUUUUUAGUUAUAUUUUGAAAACUAAUAUUAAUGUACUUAAAUGCGAAAUUUUUCUUUUUUUAUUUCGUUUUCUUUUAUAUUAAUUUUUUUUAUUUAUUAUUAUUUUUAUUUAUAAAUUUUUAGUGGUAUAAAUAAUAAUAAAAAUAAUAUUAAAACAAUAAUAUAAUAUAUUAUAAUGUAAAAAUAUUAAUAAGAAAAUAAUAAUAAUAAUUUUUAUAAAAUAUAAUUAUAAUUAUAAUUGUAAUAUUUAUAAAAUUAUAAUAUAUUUAUAAAUUAUAAUUAUAGUUAUAUUUUAUAAAAUUUAUUUAUUUUUUUUUUGUUAAUUUUAAUUUUUUUUUCUUUUUCAUUAUUUUUACAAAAACAAAAACAUUUUUACUUUUUAAAACGAAAAAAAAAAAAAAUUUUUUAAUUAAAUUAUUUAGAGAAAAAAGUCAUGCGUUAACUUGUGGAAUCGUCCAGGAAAUUUUGUGAGAAAAUGCAAAAAAAAAAAUAAUAAUAAAUAACCCAUUGUACAUUAUUUCUAUAUAUAUAAAAAAAAAAAAAAAUUGAUGACUGCGUAAGUGUGUAUAUAUAUUUUGACAAUACUAUUUUUAGAAUGAUUGUGAAAAGUGAAUAUUUCUGAUGUUUGUAAAAAUAUCUGCAACGUUAAUUUUAUCGUCGCAGGACAGAAAAAAAAAUUUGGUAGUAAAAAAAAUUUCUUUUUUUUUAAACUUUAAGAAUUUGAUAUUUUUAUUUUAACAAAUUUUUUUUUCAAAAAGAAAAAAAUAUUUUUACAAAAUUUUUUUCAAAAAAAUUAUUUACUCUAUUUUGAUAAUAAUAAUAAUAAUAAUAACAAUUAAAAAUAUCUAUUUUAAUUUACAAAUAAUAAUUUAUUCGACAUUGGUAAGGUGAACAUUUUUUUUUUAAUUUAAUUUUUCUUUAUAUAUACAAAAGUAAAUUUUUUUUACAAAUUUUAAUUUUUAAAAAUUUUUAAUUUUUUUUUAAUCUUUAAUUUGAUUAUUAUCAACUGUUUUUUUUUAAUGAAAUUAAAAAAACGUAAAUUUUAAAUAAAAUAUAGUAAUUAAAUUGACGCCUGAAAUUUUCAUAUCAAGAAAAAAAAACUGUAACUGCAUCGAGAAAAUGACGUGAAAAAAAAAAUUGUAAACUUUUAAAUGUACUUUUUGUAAAGAAAAAACAAAAAAAAAAUAAAAGAAAUUGAAACAAUUUCGAGGGUUGCCAUUGCAUAAAUUUUUUGCAAUAAGUAUUCCUGCGCAAAUUGAUUGCGUGAAGCCAUAUUGUACGUUACUGAGAUAUAUAUAUAUAUAGAUUGUAAUUGCCAUUUUAUUGUUACGUUUGUACAUUUGUUUUUUUUAUACUGUCAAUAUGAUGAUGAUGAUGAUGAUAAUAAUAAUUGAUCGAUUUGUUUUAUGAAAA